AUGCAAGCUGACGUCGAUGGCCAGCCGGACAAGAGUCCACUAUGCAGCAAGGAUCGGGGUGCACCAAAACAAGAGCCAAAGCCAGGACAGGAGACAAGAAGAGAGGUAGAGACGGAAACAAGGACUCUGGCUGCCCAGUCGCCAAACACUGAGUCGACGUUAUUGGAGUUGAUCCCUCAACCUCCUGCUGUCCCGUCGUCACCGCCGCAGCCACUCUCGCAAUCACAGCCAGAGCCGCUCGUACCGCCCAUUGAGCAACCGGUAGACUCGUCUUACACCUCAACAUAUCAGCGCAAUCCCCGCUACCUGACCGAUCGCGACGGCAAUCGGGUGUCCUUCUCUUCCCUUUACUCGCUCACUUCCAGCAUCCACUCUGCGCCUGGGGAUAGAGAAAGGGCAUCCAGCACCGCAGUAUCAAGUGUUGACGGCUCCGGCAAACCGCGCUCUACCAUGGAUGACCAGCGGAGUGUCUCUGCUGGGCUUUCCACUCGGCCAGAUUCUUCAUUACACACACCCUCCGGUUACUCUGGACAAGGCACAUCCUCUUCGCCCGGAUCAACAUCUCCAGGUCGGUUUUACUACGUUGGUGCUAGUACUGGCGCAAGCAGUGCUAGUGAGGCAGAAGGUACAACACCACCAUUGUUCUCAAAAGCUCUGGGUCCCGAGGGGUUACUAAUCCAAACAGUGCGUCUCCCUCUCAUAGGCAGAAUUGGAGUUUGUGCUCUUGAUGUCAAGGCACGCAGCAAGCCUAGCCGCAACAUUUUGACUCGUCUUCAAGCAAGAGGUGACUUCGAGGUCAUUGUAUUUGGAGACAAAGUCAUCCUGGAUGAAGAUGUCGAAAAUUGGCCGGAAUGUGACUUUUUGAUCGCCUUCUUUUCCGACGGAUUCCCUCUUGAUAAGGCCAUUGCAUAUGCAAACCUCCGAAAACCGUUUUGCAUCAACGAUCUUCCCAUGCAGCAAGUUUUGUGGGACCGCCGAUUAUGCCUCCGCAUUUUGGAUCAAAUGGCAGUCCCAACACCGAAGCGUGUGGAAGUGAACCGUGAUGGUGGACCAACGUUGGCGUCGCCUGAACUUGCUCAGCAUGUUUAUAACUUAACCGGAGUGCGUUUAGAAGGUCCACCAGAUGGCACCGGGGGUGGAACACCCCGAACGCAGUCGGUGACAAUGUCUGAAGACGGAGAAGCCCUCAUUGUUGACGGCAAGGUGUUCAAGAAACCAUUCGUGGAAAAGCCUGUCAACGGAGAAGACCACAACAUCCAUAUCUACUUCCCUAAUGACCAAAAUUACGGAGGUGGAGGCCGCAGGCUCUUUCGCAAAGUAGGGAACAAGAGUUCAGAGUAUGAUCCUGACCUUAAGAUCCCAAGAUCUAUAACUGAGCCAGACGUCAGCUACCUUUAUGAGCAGUUUCUACGCGUUGAUAAUGCGGAGGACGUCAAAGCAUACACUGUUGGCCCUGACUACUGCCAUGCGGAGACUCGCAAGUCUCCCGUUGUUGACGGCUUAGUACGGCGGAACACUCACGGCAAGGAGUUACGGUAUAUCACUAAUUUGGGAAAAGAAGAGGCUGCUAUGGCCUCAAAAAUAUCCAACGGCUUUGGUCAGCGCAUUUGCGGUUUUGACCUUCUUCGUGUUGGAGAUGCCUCCUACGUUAUAGAUGUCAAUGGCUGGUCCUUUGUUAAGGAUAAUAAUGAUUAUUAUGACAAGACUGCCAAAAUUCUUCGAGAUAUGUUCACUCGUGAAAAAUUGCGCAGAGACGGGAAACUUGACGUUACUGAGCCUGCGAAGGAUCCAUCCUCCAGCAUACCACCCGCGGUAAAUUCUGGGUCUCAUCGGCAUACUCUUAAGUCGUUAUUGAAGUCCCCAAGCAUUGCGGGGCUUCAAAGCGGUUUCUCUAGCCACAAGUCCCCCGCCCAGACUCCAAGUACCAAGAGCACAAUCUCCUCUAAGGUAGAGACGGACGAUUUGCAUAGGAAGCCCAGUCAUUCUGAAGGUUCUGAAAAGGCAAACUUGAGUCCAGAUACCCAACUAACUAACGAGCCAUCACAGCCGGUAGAAGCGCCUACCGCUCCGCCACCAUCGUCCAAACACUCUUGGAAACUCAAGGGUAUGGUGGCCGUGAUACGGCAUGCUGACCGAACUCCCAAGCAGAAAUUCAAAUUCACCUUUCACACCCAGCCAUUCGUGGAUUUGCUCAAGGGCCAUCAGGAAGAGGUGAUUAUCCGGGGGUCUACUGCGCUCCGUAGCGUUACUAAUGCUGUAAACCUCGCUUUAAAGGAAGGCAUUGAAGACAAAGAAAAGCUCAUGUUACUAAAACGCUCACUCGACCAUAAGGUUGAAUGGCCGGGGACAAAGGUGCAGAUAAAGCCAAUGUUUCGCCGCCGAAAUUCACGGGAACUACAAGGGAGCCGUACUCCGCCUCCUGUCUCACCCUUAACUACAAGUGAAAUACCACCGGCCCCUGCCUCUCCGCCAGACUCUGCGGACCCUGAGCACCCCCGUGUGGCCCGCAGUGACUCCCUCUCGGGGCCUACGUUUUCUCGGUUUUCAGCUGUGGAAAAUGAUCUAGUCCUAGACAAACUGCAAUUAGUCAUAAAAUGGGGCGGGGAACCAACCCAUGCAGCUCGGUAUCAGUCACAAGAUGUCGGCUUGACAAUGCGUGAUGAUCUUAAGCUUAUGAAUAAGGAAGCAUUGAACGAUGUGAGGAUGUUUACAAGUUCAGAGCGGAGAGUUAGUACAAGUGCCCAGAUAUUUGCUUCGACUUUUCUCGACCAGAAGGACCUGCCGGAUGAUUUCAUUCAAGUGAGAAAGGAUUUACUAGAUGAUUCAAACGCGGCAAAAGACGUAAUGGACAAGGUGAAGAAAAAACUCAAGCUGCUUCUUCGAGAAGGUAACUCGGCUCCUCCUCAAUUCGCAUGGCCUAAGGAGAACUUCCCGGAACCCUCCAUUGUACUAUCCACAUUGGUCGAACUUAUGAAAUUUCACCGCUGCGUUAUGCGUCAUAAUUUUCAAAAGAUUGAGGCGCACGGCAAUUCCCAUCCUGGCGCGUUCGGAUCCUCCUCACCUACUGAAAAAUCGCCAUUCACCGAUAUCCAAGGCCGGUGGUGCGCUGGUGAAGACCCACAACUUUUCAAGGAACGUUGGGAGAAACUAUUCAAAGAAUUUUGUGACACAGAAAAGGUCGAUCCAAGUAAAUUAUCGGAGCUCUAUGAUAGUAUGAAGUUUGAUGCACUACAUAAUCGGCAGUUUUUGGAGUGGGUUUUCCUCCCGCCAGAUGAUUUCAUCUACGAGGGUGAGACUGACAAAGAACGGGCUGGUCAUGUCACAUCUUCCCACUUCUUGGAGCCUAAUGGCAAUGCUGAAGGCAAUGGAACUAACGGUACGAACGGCAAGCCCAGACCCCCUGCUGGUCUAUUGGCUCCUCUUGAAGACUCUUACGACUCUUACUUCAAGCUAUACCCUGGUUCGACGCCCUCAAAGCCAAAGAUUGACAAACGCCUCUCCCGCCUUAAGCAUCUGUAUAGCUUGGCUAAAGUCCUAUUUGACUUUGUAACGCCCCAGGAAUACGGUAUAGCUGACCAUGAAAAGCUGGAGAUUGGGCUACUCACUUCACUUCCCCUACUCCAGGAGAUAGUGAUGGAUCUGGAAGAGGUGCAAGCAUCUCCAGAUGCUAAAUCGUUUUUCUACUUCACCAAGGAAUCCCACAUCUAUACCCUCCUCAAUUGUAUCCUUGAGGGUGGACUGAAAACAAAGAUCGCACGACGGACAAUUCCAGAGCUGGAUUAUCUCUCUCAGAUAUGUUUCGAACUUUACGAAGCUCGUGAUGCAGAGGCCGAGACCUUCGCGUACUCCAUCAGGAUCUCAAUAAGCCCAGGAUGCCAUACGUUCGAUCCAUUGGACGUUCAGCUAGAUUCCAGGCAUGCAAUCGGAUGUGCACCCCGAAGAAGCCUCACGGCGCAUCAGGAUUGGAAGGAAGUGAUUGAAACACUGAAGGCAAAGUUUGAUACGUAA